AUGGACGGGCAAAGAAGUGGGUAGCCCAUUGGGCGCCGCGGGAUGUUCAAACUAGUAUGGGAGGCAGUGAUUGGUGGCGGCGCGGCGCGGCCCGCCGCCCCCGCCCGGGCGGGUCAUUGUCUGGCGGCUCCUGAGGCGGGUCGGGCGCGGCGGCGGCUUUGGGGUUCGGACGGCGGCAGUGGUACCAUGGCUGGCGGCAAGGCGGGCAAGGACAGUGGCAAGGCCAAGGCCAAGGCUGUGUCGCGCUCCCAGAGAGCUGGGCUGCAGUUCCCGGUUGGCCGCAUUCACAGGCACCUGAAGACUCGGACCACCAGCCACGGGCGUGUGGGAGCCACGGCGGCUGUGUACAGUGCGGCCAUCCUCGAGUACCUGACAGCUGAGGUGCUGGAGCUGGCUGGGAACGCUUCCAAGGAUCUCAAAGUCAAGCGGAUCACGCCCCGGCACUUGCAGCUGGCGAUCCGUGGCGAUGAGGAGUUGGACUCCCUGAUCAAAGCCACCAUUGCUGGUGGAGGCGUCAUUCCCCACAUCCACAAGUCCCUGAUUGGAAAGAAGGGACAGCAGAAAACGGCGUAGAAGGAGUGCAGCACCGGAUCCCCCCGUCAUCGUACUGUACCUGGGCACAGAAACAUCUCGGGGAUACGAGAAACUUUUUCUAAGGAAUAGUUAAAAGGAAGAGCAUAGAGGAUUGACUGUAGAGGAAACAUUGGGAUGGGUUUAGAUUCCGAGUAGGACACACCGCAGGCUGUAGGGUGGCAGCCGGGGGUGGGCGAGUGGCUUGGCUGCCCCCAAGUUUUAUACAAAAAUGGAACCCAUAAACAGUUUUUUACAAAAAUCCA